AUUUAGGGGUGGGAAUAGAAAACAGUCAGAAGUUAUUCUGUCUUCUUUCCUGCGCUUGCCCGCCUUCAAUGAUUUGAAUUCAUUCAUAGCAGGACUCAGAAUGGAGGAGACGUUGCAACAAGAGGCGCAAGAGUUGGAAUAUAAAAAUCAGAAUGAAGACCAAGGUGGGAUCCGUCGCCGGUUGCGUGACAGGGAUCUUCUCAGGAAGAGAAAAGCAGAAGCAGAAGAGAAGGAGACUAACCAGUGGGUUUUUGGGGUGGAGAGCCAGAGGAAAAGACCCAGGGCCGACAGUGGCAUAAAGAGGAGAGGGAGGCCCAAGAAGAGUGAGCCCACACCGGAGAUAUCUGUCUCUCAGGAGGAGGAGGAGGAGGCAGUGCCUCAGGAAGCUCCUGCAGUAGUGGUGGUGCCUGAAGCUGCUGAGGUCAUCUCAGAUCAAACGCCAGGCUCUCUAGCCCCCUUACUCGCUGUGGAAUCACAACCUUCAUCUGUGCUUGCUGCCCCUGCACCUCAACCAGUGCUUGGAUCCAUCCAGAGCCCCAUCUUUGCUCCAACUCUGACUCCUCCAGCUCCAGUUAACCCAACUCCAGCCCUUUUUUUACCCUCAGCUCCUGCUCCAUCUCCCGCCAAAGUCCUAGACGAGGCUCCAGCUCCAGCUCCAGAAGCUGUUCCAUUCCCAGUCUCAUUCCCAGUCCCAGUCCUGACCACAGCCCCUGUUCCAGCUGCAGCUCCUGCUCCUCUUGCAGCUCCUCCUGCAGCUCCUCCCCAGGUGGAGAAACUCUUCACAGAGUCACAAGGCAGAGAGGUCCCUGACCAGGUCCUGAUUGAGGAUUUGGGGCCAGAUGAGGAGGAUGACAUCUCUCCAUCUCAAGACAAAGGAGCUGAUGAAGAUUUGAUGGAGAUACCGUCGAUCAACAUACCUGAAGAAAACGAAAUGUUCUCUAUUCCAACCUUUUCCUCAAUGCCUCCUCCACAAAAAUAUUUCCCUGGAAAUUCAUUCUAAUUUUCUAAAACACUUUUCACAUACUGCCUCAGCUCAGACUACAUCCUUCUUGGUCACAGUUUGCUUCUGAGUAUUAUUUUGGUUAGUGUGCAGCCUGUUGGUUGAAGAGAACAAACAUAUUGAGCAUUGCUGAUUUGACAAAUAUAUGAAUUCAAACCAAACCUGUAUGCUUAUUUAUUUUGCUUUGUGCUUCACUGCGAAGCUCAUGAGCUCUAUUUUGUAUUUUGCAUUUAGUAAACAGCAAAUUUUGCCUGCUUUUAUUUAAAAAUAAAUGAUAUAAAUCACUGGUAAUGAUUUAUUAUUUGUAAUUAUGGAUUUAUUUGAUAGAAUUUUGUAAAAGUUGUUUUUCACUUAAUAAAAUACACUGCUUACAAUCA